AUGUCAGACCCGAUCCUUUUCGAAGACACCUUCAGCAUCACCUCCAUCAACGCUCAGAAAUAUGACCGCGUCUCGCGCAUCAGCUGUACGUCCACGGACCAUCUUCUCACCUUCACGCUGGAUGUGAAUACGGAGCUGUACCCAUGCGCUCCUGGAGAGUCACUGUCGUUGGCUCUGGCGUCGACGUUAUCGCUAGACGGUAAAGAAGAAGCGACUGGCGAAAGAGCUGCAUGGAGAGAUGUAGGAAUGGGAGAGAAUACUCUUGCGAAUGACUACGACUACGUCUGCUACGGGAAGGUUUAUCGCUUCGAGGAGAGCGGUACCGCUGGUAACAUGCAUUAUCUACAAAGGGCUGUUUUCGUUUCCUUCGGCGGCCUCCUUUUGUAUCUCGAUGGCCCGUACAACAAACUCAGUCCGCUCAAGAUCGAUUACGUCUACCUCCUUAUGAAAAAAUAG